AUGGACAAGGUAUACCGCCGUUACCGGGAGACGCUGAUGAACUCGUCACGCCUGGUGGACGAGGGUGGAACUGACAUGGAUGGCGACUGUUUAGGUAUGGGUGUCAUACGUAAGGAGGUUGACCUGACUAAUGAUGAAAAGCAAUACCUUUUGGCAGUAGAACGUGGUGACAUCCCCAGCACACGACAGUACCUCAGUGUUGGCACACAGACUGGACUCAACAUUAACUGUGUCGACCCACUUGGACGAACUGCACUCCUUGUUGCUAUUGAAAAUGAAAAUAUUGAAAUGAUUGAACUGUUGUUAAGUUACCAUGUGGAUGUUGGAGAUUCACUUCUUCAUGCUAUCAACGAAGAAAACGUGGAGGCGGUGGAAUUGUUACUGAACCAUGAAUAUGCUCUGAAAGGGGAGGAGGCUCUCCACCAGUCUGUGCCCUCCAGCUCCUUUACUCCGGAUAUUACACCUAUCAUACUUGCUGCACAUAGAGACAAUUAUGAAAUCAUCAAACUUUUGCUGGACCGAGGCUAUCGGAUCCCAAAACCCCACGAUGUGCGAUGUAUAUGUAAAAACUGUUUACAUGGCAGUAAUGAAGAUAGCCUUCGUCACUCGCGAUCCCGCAUUAAUGCAUACCGUGCUCUAGCGAGUCCGUCCCUCAUUGCUUUAUCCAGUAAAGAUCCCAUCCUUACGUCAUUUGAGUUAAGUCGGGAAUUGAAAAGACUAAGCAAACUUGAAAAUGAAUUCAAACUGGACUAUGAAAAGUUAGCAAAAAAGUGUAAAGAAUUUGCUGUUGAUUUAUUAGAGCAAACUCGAGGCUCAAAGGAACUAGAGAUUAUCUUAAACCAUGACAUUGGUAAUCAUGGAGUUACUCCCCCUGAACAGACAGAACCUCCGACAGAGGAAAAAGUAAGGCUGUCCAGACUGAAAUUAGCCAUUAAGUUCAACCAGAAAAAGGUAAUUAACCAACAGGAUCAUUCAACUUGUGAUGUAAUGGGAUAAAAUUGUUUAUGUACUACAUGGUAUGAGGGCUUGCCAGGAUUCCGUCGCCAUAGUAUCAUUCGCCGUCUGUUUGUUACCUCACUCAUUGGAAUAAUGUUCCCUUUCCUCUCCGUAUUCUACCUUGUCGCACCAAAGAGUGGGCCAGGGAAACUGCUCCGUAAACCUUUUAUAAAGUUUAUAUGCCACAGUGCUUCAUACCUGACAUUUUUAGUAUUACUUAUACUGGUGUCCCAGCGAGUGGAAAUCCCUUUCCCUUGGUCAUCCAAAGAGGACUCAGUGUCUGACAUCGACAAGAUCAGCCAGGAGGUGAGAGGUGCUCCAGCUACUAAUGUGGAGUGGAUGAUCCUAGCCUAUGUGGCAGGUCUGGUGUGGGCAGAGGUGAAGCAGCUAUGGGAUGAGGGUGCCCAUGAAUAUGUCCAUGAUAUGUGGAACAUUCUGGACUUUGUCACAAACUCUCUAUACAUCGCUACAUUGACACUGCGUGUGAUAGCUUACCUACAGGUCCAACAGGAAAAAAGUGAGGGCAAAGAGUCUGCCAACCUCCAGAGAAAAGACUGGAAUGCAUACGACCCUAACCUGAUUGCAGAGGCCUUGUUUGCAGCAGCCAAUAUAUUUAGUUCUUUAAAACUGAUUUACAUGUUCACUGUAAACCCCCACCUGGGGCCUCUUCAGAUCUCCCUUGGUCGCAUGAUUGUAGACAUCAUGAAGUUUGCUAUAGUGUAUAUGAUGGUGCUUUUUUCUUUCUCCUGUGGUCUAAACCACCUGUACUGGUACUAUGCAACACUCCGGGAGAAGGAAUGCAAGCUUUACAACGUCAAGGCAUCAUGUGACAGGCGAUACAAAAGCUUUGCUAAUUUGUUUGAGAUCAUACAGAGUCUAUACUGGUCAAUAUAUGGACUGGUAGAUUUGGAGCAUGCAGAGUUGGAAGAGCCACACGAGUUCACAGAGUUCAUUGGGAAGCUGAUGUUUGGGAGUUACAGCUGGAUAGCUCUAGUUGUCCUCCUAAAUCUUCUUAUUGCAAUGAUGAGCAACUCAUACCAAAAUAUAUCAAAAAUUGUUAAGAAGAUAAAUGAGAGAGAAAUAAGAUAUCAGGCUGUGAUGAGGGACCUCAUAAAGCGUUACAUAAUGCAAAAACAGCGAGGCCCUGAGCGAGGAGAAGGGGUCACAGAGGACGAUGUCAGUGAAAUUAAACAAGACAUUUCUUCAUUUCGUUACGAGCUUCUAGAAAUUCUACGCAGCAAUGGAAUGAAAACACCGAAUCCCAACCAACCAAAGCCUACGAGUAAGAAACUGCGAUACUGGAAACAGCUUGUCGGGAGUUUGUCUGACAGCUUCGACUCCACACAGAAUUUGACACCAGACUGA